CGCUCCUGGAGCGCACCCGUGUCUGCUCUUGCACACUCCCAGGGAGAAGGACAGCACUGGCUUCCACUUCUACAGGGGCUCCCUCAUCAGCGAGGACUGGGUGGUCACUGCCGCCCACUGCAGGGUCAGCACGUCUCACCUGGUCAUGACUGGGGAGUUUAACCAGCGCUCAGAUGAGGAGAACAUCCAGGUCCUGACGAUUGCCAAGGUUUUCAAGAACCCCAAGUUCAACAUGCUGACCGUCCAAAAUGACAUCACCCUGCUGAAGUUGGCCACGCCUGCCCGCUUCUCCCAGACCGUGUACCCCGUGUGCCUGCCCAAGGCGACAGACGAAUUCCCCCCUGGUUUGCUGUGUGUCACCACCGGCUGGGGAAGGACCAAGUACAACGCCAACAAGACCCCCGACAAGCUGCAGCCGGCGGCCCUGCCCCUCCUGUCCAACGCCGAGGGCCAGAAGUUCCGGGGCAGCAAGACCACCGAUGUGAUGAUCUGCGCCGGCGCCAGCGGGGUCUCCCCCUGCAAGGUGCGGCCCGGCUCCUGCCCUCCACACACCUGUCCCCCAGAUUUCCCUGAAGAUUGAUCUUGGGGGAGGCUGCCUCCUGGAGCUUGAAAAUCGCAAUCCUGGGUUAAGGCUGCCACCUAGUGGCCAGUUUGAGAACCGCAUGGCUGUGCCUUGCCUCCGACUUCCUUCUGACUCAUUUGGUGCAAAAUAGAAGGUGAACUUGCUUCCUACCUAACUGAAACGUCUGAAUUGAUCAGACGAGAAUGUUCUCCAUUCACAUCGGGACAGUGUCACACUAGUCACUGGCCACCCAUCAGCCCGCAUUGGAACCCACAGCCUGCUGGAUCCUGGGACGGCUUAUAUAGGGACUGUGGACACCCCAAGUGCUAGGAGUGGAAGUUGUCGGCAGGCCGCCCUCCGCUCUCAGGCCUCUCUAGGGAUUUCCUCAGCUGAAGAGAAUCAUCGAGAGCAAGGCCAUGCCUCCUUUCUGGGCAGCCAACAGCCCUGAUUGGUCAGGGGGUUUGUAAAGGCCCGAUCUCUUCACCUACAGUGAGGGUAGUGGUGAAGCCCACCUUGUCCCUGUGCCCAGCGCUGCGUCCCGUCCUUCCUGGACCAGUAACGGCUUCAGCACCUUGCAGGGAAACCAGCCUCCCAUAACUCCCCUGCCCACAUUCAGCAUCAACCAGAUGGAGAAAGUGCUCAGGUCAGCCCUGUCCCAGAUCACCUGGACAGUUGCUCUAAAUGUUCUUUUGGGUGUGGAGUUCCAGAGUUUUGAGGUGAGAAUGGGUAAUUCUCAUGAGUCUGGAUGGGCUGGAGGAAGAGGAAUGGUCAAACGUCAGGAGCCAUUGGGAAGAGAUCUAGGGAAGCAGGAAUUUAAGUGAACUUGAAUUUGCAAGAGCAUUUCUCACUGAUUGCCAACAAUCAGUAAUAGAGAAAGCAUUUGGUUGCUAUUUGAAAUUUUGUUGAAAGCCAUUGAAAUGGGGGCCAUGAAUUGGCAGAACCUCAUCUCUUAGGGUUCUCCUCUUAAGUGGGGGGUUUCGGUUUCUGGGCACCUACUCAAAUGCUCCUCCCAGUUAGCAUCACUUGUUAAAAAGCAGAUGAUGCUAUCCCUUAUUUGAAGCUCUCCUGUGGCUUCUCAUUUUUCUCACAGGGGCAGGCCCAGCCCAUACCUAUGUCUCCAGCUUCCUGAAGCAUGUCCUCUAACCGGUUUUCCUUCUGCUCCUGGGAAGCACUGCUAAUAAGCAAACACCUCCAAGACCGGAGCCCUCUGUCACAAUAUGAUCUUGUUCACCACUGUAUCCCUGGCAGCCCACGAAUGCCUGCUCCCUUGCUGGUGCCUAAAAUGUUUUCUGGAAUGAAUGAAUGUAGCCAUGUCCACUAUCCGUGUCAACAGCUGUGGUCCAGACUUCUCAUGGGGGUUUAUGCUCAUUUUACUAACCAGUAACUGAAGUCUUCAGUACCCAUCUCUGGAUUCUUUGACCUAAGUCUCAGUAGCCUUUAUAGGUGUGUUUUGGUUUCUUUGUUGUAUUUUGGUUAACAUUCUGACAGUUCUUAUAAAACCGAGAAAGGUAGAUUGUCCUUUAUUCAAACAUGUUACAUACAGUUCAGUGUGUAUGUCUGAGAUAGAAGAGCAGCCUCUUGGGAUAGAAGAGAUAAGACCUGAGGAUAAGAAGGUUACCAACACUGCGCUAAGAUCUGGAAAACCAGAGCAGAGGGUCCCAGAUAUGUUCUAUUGACUACUGUUCAGCAGGAUGAACUAUGGGAGUUUUUCCCUUCAAAAUCCCCAGAAUACAGACCUAGCCAAGUCAGAA